AUGAAACUGGAUAAACAAUUGAUGAAUACAACAAUCGUCACGUUUUUUGGAGAAUGUGGUUGUGGCAAGACUUCUCUUAUCAAGAGAUAUGUUCAAGGUAUAGAAGUCAAAGAGUACGAACCAACCAUUGAAGACUUCUAUAACACCACUGUUGACUUGGAUGGGAAAGAAAUCAAUUUGAAACUCAUUGACACCGCCAGUGGUGAUUCGUUCAAGCCUUUAAGAGACAGGUUUAUUGAAAAGACGGAAGUCUUUGUAUUUGUAUAUUCAGUGGACAACUACUUUUCGUUCAAGAACGUUGAAAAGAGUAUUGAACUAACCAUCGCCCAGUACAAAAAAGUGAAAAGUCCAAAGAAAGUAAAUGUAUACCCAUCUUUCUUGGUAGUAGCCAACAAAAUAGAUACCAACAACAGAGAGGUCUCAAUGCAAGACGGAAAGGAAAUUGUUGAGAAAAUCAGUGACAGAUUCCCUGCUGCGUAUUAUGAGACGUCUGCUAAAGAAAACUUGAAGGUCGAUUAUCUCUUUGAAACGAUUGCAAGAGGCUCUGCGAGAAAAAGAUUCCAUUAUAAAACAGAGGGAGUCAGCAAAAGACGUGCUAUCAGAUUGGAAAAGCCUAUUAUUGACGAGGAAUUUAAAGAGGAAGAGGAACAGAUGUCAAAGUGUGCCUCUUUUAAAAAGAAAAUCAGAACCUCUUUUGUUGACGCCUUCUCUCGGCUUUAA